AGCCUGCUUUGAGUCAAGUUCUGGGCGGCUGUUUCCCUCAGACCAGAACAUUACGCUGAGGCAUCUUUCUUCACACUCUCAAUGAGCUUCAAUCAGCAGACUAUCAGCAACUCAGAAACUCCGUAGCAGAUCAGACUGAUCUACCAUGACAUUCAAUGCCACAGAUUAUCACUGCGGACCCUCAACCCAGGGGCUGGUGGCCUCGGUCCUUCCUCCUGUACUUAUCAUUGAGCUGUUACUCGGCCUGCCUGGCAAUGUCAUGGCACUAACAUUCUUUUGCCAAAACAUGCAGCGUUGGAGUCCCAACAUCAUUUUCCUCUUCAACCUGGUUUUGUCUGAUUUUCUGCUUCUCUUGAACCUACCCUUUCGUAUCGACAACUACUGGCGUGGUGAGAAGUGGAUAUUUGGAGAUGCUUGGUGUCGGAUCAACCUAUUCAUGCUAGCGGUAAACCGUUCCUCUAGCAUUGCUUUCAUGACCACUGUGGCAGUUGACCGCUACUUUAAAGUGGUCCAUCCGCAUCACAGAAUCAAUCACAUGUCCUCAAAACAGGCAGGUUGGGUCGUCUGCUUCAUCUGGGUAGUUGUGAUAUCUCUGAGGAUGCCGUUGCUGGCUAGCAAUCUUCAUAGCAAGUCUGAGGAAAACAUCUCCUUUUGUAGGAGUUUCAGCAACUAUGAGAAACCACCACUAGGAAUCUGCAUGUAUUAUGUCAUAUUUACUAUAGAUUUCUUUUUGCCUUUGGUGCUCCUGGUCUUCUGCUCCAUACGCAUUGCCUCUAUCCUGCGUUCACGCAAGAUGAACAGGGACAAAAGAGGGCAAAGGGCUAUUCGGACUGUCCUAGUGAUUGUUGGGGUUUUCGUCCUCUGUUUCUUUCCUGGGAUUGGCACAGGGCUGACUGCGCUCUAUUUUAAAUCUCUUGGAAAGGACUACUGCAAUGCUUACCAUCUGACCGGUGAAUUGUUUUCGAUGUCCAUAGCUUUCUCCUAUCUGAACAGUACUCUGGAUCCAGUCAUCUACUGCUUCUCCAGUUCUAUGUUACGCAAUUAUUUGAAACAAGCGCUAAACCGGACUAGAAUCGUGCAGCUAAAACCCAGUCGACAGGGCAGCAUGCAAAAUGGAAGUGACUGAGAAUGGAUUUAUGAUUGGGAAAAUAAAAUGUACUGUAAAUUGGGCAGUGCAUACUUAUUAAUGUUGAAGAAGGUCAUUCAACCAAAGAAAUGAAUUUGAGACGGGGACUGUUAGUUUGACCGAUGCCAGAUAGGGAUAGUCAUUAUUUUUGCAAUUCUAUUUAGUUGCACAUAUAUUGCACACUUGCCCUUUAAUUCAGACAUUAUUCAUUUUGUCAAGUUAUCUUUUUGGUAGAUAUUCAUUAUACACACAGUACAUACAUACACAGUAAUAAAU